AGAAGAAAAAAAAAAGAAAAAGGAAAAGAGAGAAAUCAUUACGCGGUCGGAAAGUUCGGUAAAAAAAAAUUACUUUCGUCCAUGCAAUCGGGAACUGGAACGAGAAUUAUAAUAAUUACUAUUCUCGAGAACAUCCCGAGUCGUAGGUAAUAUACUCUUCUGAGAAACAAUACUGAGAGAUCAUACAAAGCGAACCAGCGAUGUAAAUAUGUAGAUACAUACAUACAUAAUGCAAAUGAAAAACAGGUCAAAAGCCUCAAAAACCUAGGCUUUUCUGAUACUUCGUUAACGUUUAUACGCAAAUCAAGUUCAAGUUCAAGUGUCAAAAGCGUGACGUUAUUUCAUUAAAACUAAACCUUUCAAGGGAUGCUUAGAAAAAGGAUUAUUCCCGUUGUCGGUAAAUAUUCAUUUCAAAUGAUUUUCCAUCCUAAUUUCGAAUCAGAAUACGCAAAAAAAAAGAAAAAAAAUGAUUUAAUCGCAAUCAUAUAAAGUGACAUCGAUAUCAUUCCCCUAUGUGGAGUAUAAGAUAUAGAAAAAGUAAAAAGGAAGGGGGAGGGGGAAAAAAAGGGAGAAAAAUAAUUGAAGAGAGUAACGAGUUGAUAAGGAUGGUAACGAACAAGCGUGAUUAUCGAUCGAGUUCUCGGACACAAUGAGAAGGUUCUCUCGAUGUGGUGGUAGUCGAGUUACGAGAUUCUCUUCUCCACCCCAAGUCCUUCCGAGCUUCGUGCCGCGAGGAAUUCUCGGUCUGUUCAAUUAUGGAGCGACUCUGUCGAAUAUUGGGUCAAAGGUCGAGGGGUCUCGAGAAUACUAAUGCGGAAGGUCAAGUCUCGCGCGAGUGAGGUCAAAAUACGACUACCAAAUACGCCAUGUGUGGAAUCGCACCGGACCCGAAGAUCUUUUUCCCGGCGAUCGAAGGUAAUCUGACAAAGAUCGUCUGGGCUCAUGCCGUCAAUAGCCAAGCUAACUUGUCUAAGGCACUGACCACAGACGACAUCAUGAUGCUCGAAGCCGACGUUGUGAUAGGCAACCUGAACAAUUCCAUUAGCAAUAAUACGAACAUACCGAUAAUGGCUCAUCCACCGGAUACAGAGAGCGAUCUCUCUCUUGAAGAGUUUCUCUCGAGUGCUCUUAAUAGUACCAAGGGCGUAAAACUUGAUUUCAAGACACUCGAUGCCUUCGAACGCAGCAAACCUAUACUUGCCGAAAAACGAAAAAAGUUCACCAAUCCUUUGUUCUUAAAUGCCGACAUUCUACCUGGACCGGUUGACGCCAAAACCACUCCACUCGAUUCCAAAUCCUUCCUGACCGGUGCAAUGGAGGUUUUUCCAGAAAGUAUCCUAUCUAUUGGUUGGACGACCAGAUAUGGGUCAGAGUUCAACAUAACCGAAGGCCAUUACACGACGGAACAGAUCCAGAAGAUGAUAGAAACCUUAACGGAGAAUAAGGUCUCUCAGUCGAUAACUUAUCCAGUGAGAGCAGGUCUCGUUGCUAACGACAUUAGCGCCAUGAAAACGUUGCUAAAUCGAAGCUCGAGCUUUGGCAAUGUAACUUUGACCAUCUGGUCUAGCCACGGCGAUCAAGUCGACACGAAGAAACUCUCCGAGUUGAUAACAACGAUCGGCGUUGAUAAGGUCUAUGUCGAUGUUCCAGAAGAUGUUUGGAACAAUCUCGACUUGACUAGCGGUUCGUCGACCUUUAAUGUCGCGAUGAUGACCGCGAUGAUGCUCCUUUCGUUCCUUUUUGUCAGGAUGCUGUGAAGCAAUCUAUGUGAGGAUCAAUCGCGGUUUUUAGAAAAUACAACUUUACAAAAUGCGAGCAUCUUCGUCCAUUCUGGACGACGUCAAACAAGAAUGAACGCUUUAGAUCUCGCAAUUUCGCUUACCGCCGAUCAAUUUUUGAAGAUCGUUCAUCGAAGGAUCGUCGUUUUCCUUACCAUUUUUUUUAAUCAGCUGCAAGGUCAAACGUUUUUCUGUCUCGAUUCUUCGUAUUUUUCUUCAUCGUCAUCUUCCUCUUCCUUUCCGUACGCGCAACGAAAAUAAACGAGGAAGAUUUCGGAGGACGAAUUCUUGCGAAUUUGUCGUAGUCGUUUAAAAAACUUAAAUCAACAUACACAAUUCCUUUCGCUUAUAAAUAUUAAUAAUAAUCGAACAGUAGGGAUAAUUCACUUGUAGGAUUAGACGCACAAUUUUAUCAAAUACCGUUUUAUACAUUUAACAGAAAUGUCAUUUGAUUCAUUGAGAAUCUCAUUAAACGAGAUAUAUACGAAUUGCCUGAAAAUAAUCAUAAGAUUUUAUCGUCGGUGUAUUAUCGCUGUUAUUUCAAAAUUAUAAUCUAAUUGAAAUUUACCGCAAGAAUCUUAAUCAAAUUUUUAGGUCGAUCGAGGAAAUAAUAUUCUUGAAUCCUAGAUAAUUUAAUUUUUAAUAGGACACAACAUGUAAACAGCAUUGAGAACGUUUCUCAUCACAAAAUUAACAUUGCCUCUUAUCAUAUUUGUUUAUGAACGUAUUAUUAAUUCUCUAGCGCGAGAUCGCUCUAAUUAAAAGAUAAGAAAUUAUACUUCCUUUCAUAAUGGAUAAUUAUUUUGGCUAAGUUUAACUUUGAACGCAUAUUUUGAAAGAAAGAUUACAAAGUUUUACAUUUUUUAUGAACGCAUAAAAUUUUUUUUUUCUUUUUUUUCUUUUUUUUUUUUUUUUUUUUUUUAAUCAACUUUAAAGCAUCUUAUUUGUUGAUUAUUCAAAACUUCACACAGACAUUCUGUACCUACAAUUAACAUAUCUCUCAUUCAAUGUCCUAGAUGCAAAUAAGCUGAUAAUAGGAAUUUAUGUAAGCCACAUAUCUAAGCCAAAGGAUAUAAUAAUAUUUAAAUGUAUAAAUACGGUGCAAGAGCACUGCGUUUGUUAACGAAACAAUAAAAUUAUUUACAAUCCUACGAAUAAAGUAUCUAUUCUAUUCCUAAUUCGAAUGUCGGCUAACCACAUUCAUUUUCUAUUCAUCGUGGAUGGUUAGUUUGUAAUCCUACUGAUCGAUGAAUCCUCAGGUUCAGUCGUGUCCUCGAAUAUGCUAGAGUUGAAAAAUCCCAACUUGUAUACCUGCGCUAAUCGUGCUUAGAAAAUUUUCCUUAGUGCAUUCUAAAUAGGAUUAACUGUUAUUUAUUAUGAAAGAAACAUCUUUAAAGAUAUUGCCGAAUUUUUCUUCUACCUCAACAUCUUCUCAAAUAUACAAUUCACUUUGAAAAAUGAAUAGAAAAUAUUUCUAUCCGAUAUUAUUAAUAAAUAUUAAAUUACAAAACAUUAUAAAGCUUUAUGAAUGAUGAGAAAAUUGACGUAUCCUGCUAAAUAAUCAGAAAUAUUAUUUGACAUUAUAUAACAUCACAAAGAUAUACAAUUUUUCGUGAACACAAUUAAAUUGGAAAGAAAGGUAAAGAGAUUUCAAGGUAAGCUCGAUGAAAAGGCAAGAUUGUAAAGAACAUAAAAGGUGUCGAUAGCGUAGCUCGCCGUGUCAAAGGUCGUUCGACUAGUACAGACGUCCUUGAGAGACAGAAGAAGCCAUUCCGGUUAUCACAAUCAUUCUUAGCUACGUACAGACGUUGCCUUGUCGUCCCUUCUAGGCAGGUGCAAUGCAAUUACUUUCGACGUGUGCGAUCGCAAUCAUCGUUGUAAAAUCUCUUCUCCGUCCUUUCCCUUUCUAUCUCUGUCUCUUUCUCUUUCUCUCUCUCUCUCUCUCUCUCUCUCUCUUUCUCUCUCCUUUUCAAAAAGGAAAGGAAGGAUCCAACGAUCGCAAUUAAGUUUCCGAUACGAGCAAAAACUUGAUUGUCUACCUCGCGACUCCUCAAUCUUCUUGAUUAUCGUAAAAAAGAAUUAAAGGAAGUUGAAAUAAUUUUUAUUUCUAAACUCAUAAUAGUUAUGUGAAAUAGGUGAAUAACGUGUAUGCGGAUAAUGUAUUCGAUCGUAAUAAAUAUAAAAUAAAGUCGAAAAUGAGUCUAUUGCGUAGGCCUAUGAACUUAAUCUUUGCGAUAACCUUUUUGAACCAGGACAAAAGAGACGUCGGCAUCGAUGUCGGAAGUGUCAACGAACGAUACGAUAAAUUCAUUUUCAUUAUUUUUCUCACUUAAUAAUUCCGUUGAUCCGUCGAAUGGUCGCGUUUAUUGAAAAAAAAAUUAUCCUCCUUUUUACUAUCUCCUCGGUUCACGGACUCUUGAUAUAUCUAUGACUAGAAAAGCGUAACAAGAGGAAACAACAAAUUGAUCAUUCUGCAAAACGAUCUAUGCAUAAACGCGGAAAACUUUAAACUGAUGGAUAGAUAUUCGUGGCAAAGAGCGAACCACUUCCAAGUGGAACAAAUCGGUACUUUGAGCACGGUUCUUGGCAUGAAAGCGACAGCAUUUUAAAUCUAAAUCCGCAUGACGGAUGUCCCUUCGUGUUCACGAAUAUUUUCGGUUAACCCAGAGCGUAUCGUAUCUAUACAUAAGAUCUGUACAGAAAAUCUAUCUAAAGAUGACAACUAUUCUUACGAACUUAUUCUCUCGAAUAAUUUUCUGCAAUUCUAAGAAAUAAAAUGAACAUCGUAAUAGCAUAUCUUAUUCAUAAAAAAUGCCGUAGAAAUUGUAAUUAUGACAUAUUCAUGACUUCAGAAACAAUAAUAGGAACUAUUAAUUUAACAAUCAAUAGGAUUCUACGUGAAUAUUUGAAUAUUAAACAGAGGAUUUACUGCAACGAAGAACCAAGAUAAUUUUACGUUAAACGAAUGGAACGUACUCGAGAGUCAUUAUUUAUCAGUUAGUUCUCUCUUACCUUACGAGAUCUCGGCUCAUUAAUUCGACAUGAUGAUUACGAACGUUCUCGCUAUGAAACGUUCGAAUUCCACGUGCGCUCACGAUUGAUUUCGAUUUUAUCUUUAAUGAGUCUGUCUUCGUUCUACAACUUUUGACGAAUGACUGUUAGGUUAAUUUAGGUCAAAUUAGAAUUAAUAAUAAAAUGGAUCUAAGGAUUCCAUUUGAAUGAUCUUACAAUUCUUACUAUAAUACAUGUUUCUCCUCGUACAUAGGAAUAGAUUUUUAAAUUUAUUUAGAUAUAGUUCAUAUCAGAUAAUUCAUUUUUUGCCUUUAUUAUGUAUCUCGAAAAAAAAACUAAACGUCGAUACGAAAUAUACUUUUCUAUUUUAACAGAGGAUUUGAAAAAUCAGUAUUGGUCAAGAUUAAUCGAGACAGUCGAUCGAUAAAAGAGACACGAACGGUCGAACGUUUUUUCUUCCUUAGGGCGUCGAGAAAAGAAGUAUCGAAAGGCGGUAGCGGACGUUGUGUAAUUCCACCUUCUUUUCCCUUCCUCGUGUACAACUUCCUGUCGCAGUUGAAAGAGAGAGAAAAGGGUCGCAUGACGAGGCAACAACAUUUCUUCGGGACAAAUCGUAGGACGAAAGAAGAAAGAAAGAGAGAGAGAGAGAAAGACAGAGAGAGAGAUAAAGAUAGAUAGAUAGAUAGAGAGAGAAAGAGAGAAAGAGAGAGAGAGAGAGAGAGAAUAUCGAGAUUUCAAAUCAGACAUAGCCAUCUUUCUUGGUGGAGAAACAGGCGUGUUUAUUUAUCGGUGUCCAGCCUAAAAGGGCGACAAAAAGCACGACGACACGAGCUCCGUUUGCAGAACGAAAGAACCAGUCCUCCAGUCCGUCGAGCACGCACUACCGAUCGUAUCUUUCUUUACUUCUCUCUUUCUCUUUCUCUUUCUUCGUCCGCGGCCGAGAUUUCGGCCCGCCGACGUCGAGACGUCUCUGAAUGGCGGCGCGAAAGUGAAUGGAGGACCAAAAGGACGACCGGUCCUGCCCUUACGUCGUCGUUAAAAUCGAAACUACUCGCGUAUUAGUUUAAGGAAAAUCCAACUGAAACAUAUAACAGUGAUCGUUUGAUAAUAUUUUCAAAUCUUAAUUAUAAAUAUAAAAAUUUUAAAGAAAUUAACAAAAGUAAAAAAUGAGAGAACAUCCUUUUAUUAUUUUUAUUUGACCAUACGAAAUAUCAUACAAAAUUUAUUAUCUCUUUAUAUUUGAAAGGCUUCAAUGAUAAAAAUAUAUUAAAUAUUCCAAAUGAAUUUUAUAUCUGUAUAAAAGUAAUUCUUUGCAAACGAAUUUAAUCUAUCACGUUUGAUAGUUUUUAAAUAAAAAAAAAAAAAAAAAAAAAAAAAAAAAAAAAAUGUUAUCUUACGUCGUCUCGACGUGAUAAACUAUUCUUCUCACGAAUCACUUCGUACAAUUAUCGCAAACUUUCGUUCUCGACGUGUUCGCUCGUUUCCUUUCUCGCAUUUAAUACUCCAUGGUUAUUUUUUCACGCAGUUACCUCUCCUUCCCCCCCUCCUCCUCCUCCUCCUCCUACCCCCCCUUGGAAGGGAUCGCAGAAAAUCCUGCGCGUCACGUAGAACGUCUGGCAGCAAAGCCACACACACGGGAGUACGAAAGCUACGAUAUCUCCGACGAGAAGACGCAUUACGGAGUCACCGCACGGAAGUAUUUUUCUUCUGCUAUCGUUUUAUUCCUAUUUACGUAGUAUCAUUAGAAAGUUAAUAAGGAAACAGGUGUGCAGGAAAGGGAAAUACCUUGUCACUCCUACCCCGAAACGCCCGUGUCAUCGUAAUAACUUACGAUUCUCGGGAGAAACGUCCAUUGUCUUUCAUAUACUAUGCCAUAAAGAGAUAACCGUUGCCGUACAAAGAUAUGCAAAUAGAAAGAAGACAAUGUUCCUCUUAUGCCAAAAUAAAAAAAAUAGAAAAAAAAAACAAAGAAAAAUAAUAUUGCUCGAACGAAUUUUCAUUUUUAUCUCAAAGAAAAGAUGAAAGAUCAACGAGAGUGCCAAAAGUUAUUCAACUUUCAACCCUUUUCAUUUUCUUUGUCAAAGACGAAAGAGACUCUUUUUGGUUUCUUCCCUGAAACAUUUCUUCUUCUCUUUCGCGGAGAUAAAGUCUCUAGGGAGACGACUAAGAAAGCGUAGGAGGGGGUGGUGGAGGUAAGGAAGACUCGAGAAGAGAAGAGAAAAGAGAAGAAAAGAGAUGGGGACGAAUAUUACUCGCACGCAUGCGCAGUGCGUCCCGCGAUCUCUUAGGCCGCCGGCCGCUCCGGCUGGCCUCAGUCGACCGCGACAUUCGGUCCGCGAGAUACGAUUCGAGUCUCGGAUCACCGAACGUCGGACUCUUCUCUUGCCGAACGAAGAUCGAACGAAGAUCGAAUGGGUUCAAGAAUCUCGCUGGGAAAAGAUCUUCGAGCCUUUUGCCUCUUUAACGUCUUUCUGAUCGGCUAUGAGAUCGAUGAAAAGGACAAACGAAGUUCUACCAAAUUACACUUUACGCUUCGAUGAAUGAAAUAAUUCGAGCGAAUACUUCGAAAACGGAUUCUGUUUAUUAGA